AUGUUGGAGUUCCUUUUGUAUGUCAGCGCCCUCAUAUUUCCGUUAGCUAAUGGAAUCCCGCCCGGCUUCCAGGUUCGCCUGGCAGGCAACAGACGCCACACCCACGAGGGCCGAGUGGAGGUGUUCUACAAUGGUGCAUGGGGGACAGUGUGCGACGACGACGUCAACAUCAACUUCGCAAACGUUGUUUGCCGGGAAUUGGGCUAUGUACGUGGUCUUACCUGGGCACACAGCGCUAAGUUCGGUGAAGGGCAAGGGAUGAUCUGGUUAGAUAAUGUACUGUGUACUGGAACCGAGAGCUCAAUAUCUGAGUGUCGGUCCAAUGGCUGGGGGAUUAAUGACUGUACUCACAGUGAAGAUCUGGGAGUUAUCUGUAGCUCAGAGAGGAGACCUAGCUACAGUUCUCAAAACCAGGAAAACCCACAGUCCGUGCCUCCUCCCCUACCCUCACGAGCUGAAGUUACUAAUGUUCCUGAAAACCCUCUGCCUGUGAGCUCCCCCCGUAGGAGGGGACAUGAGAUUGCCCUGAACCGGAAUGGCCAGAACCCACGCCAGGGUUCCUCAUCUCCCCAACAGAGAGGACAUCAAAUCCAAUUGCGUCGCCAUGGUUACGAGAGCACAGGAAACCGUGGCCAUCAGAACUCGGUGCCAAGAGGCCAUCAACUACCCGACCGUCUACGUAAUGGAGCUGCUUAUAGAAGAGCACAGGGGUCACCUCUACUACCUGCACCCCAAGCUGUCCGACACACACCAGAACUACGCAGCUACGAGAGAUCUCCCCCUGCACCACUGUACAGACCAGAACCUCAACAACCCAGUACCAAUAACAUGGUGGACUUUGACUUUACAGAUAAUACAGACUACCAGUCUACAGACAGGGUCAGGCUAGAGGAGGUACGCCUUCACCCAGUCCUGACCAACUCCAGAAACUCUGCCAUGGUAACAGAGGGUGUGGUGGAAGUAAAGCAUGCUGGGAAGUGGCGUCAUGUUUGCAGCCUGGGUUGGGAUCUCAGCAGUAGCCGUGUGGUUUGUGGCAUGCUGGGAUUCCCUGCUGCAGAGCAGCAUGAUGAACCUGUGUACAGGAAACUGUGGGAUUCCAAGAUGGCAGAUCCAUCCGCGAGUUCGUUGGUCCGUAAGAAGAGCUACUGGGUUGAGAAGGUUCAGUGUUUGGGGACUGAGUCCUCACUGGCUCAGUGCCCAGUCCAGCUCUCUAUCCCCCACAGCGAUGUACCCUGUAACGGUGGCAUGCAUGCAGUGGUCCGCUGUGUACCAGGACCCCAGUUCACCAGAAUCUCCUCCUCAGGCAGACCCCAAGCCCCGCCAUCUGUGCCGAGGGUGGUGCGUUUGAAAGCAGGACCCAGACUGGGUGAGGGGCGUGUGGAAGUGCUCCGGGAGGGGAAGUGGGGAACAGUGUGUGACCACCUGUGGGACAUCACGGCUGCCAGCGUGGUGUGUAGAGAGCUGGGCUUUGGCCCUGCCAAAGAGGCCCUCAGGGGAGCACAGUUAGGCCAAGGCACUGGGCCAAUUCAUAUGAACUCUGUGCAGUGCACAGGCAGAGAAAGCUCUAUACUGGAGUGCAAAUACCAGGUGCCUCCAGUCAGGACCUGCAAACACAGCCAAGAUGCAUCAGUACGCUGUCAUGUCCCCAACACUGGACUAGACGUUACGGUACGUUUGGCAGGAGGGCGGGAGCCUGCAGAGGGGAAGGUGGAGGUUCUUAUGGACGUGGGUGGUGUGCAGCGCUGGGGCUCUGUCUGCAGUGAGAACUGGGGCAUUAAUGAAGCCAUGGUGGUGUGCAGACAACUGGGCUUUGGCUUUGCCUCCAGAGCUCAUCAGGAAACAUGGUACUGGCCUGGAAAUCCAAGCGCUGAAGAGGUGAUUCUGAGUGGAACUCACUGCAUAGGGACAGAGAUGUCAAUCCAGCAGUGCCGCAGAAACGGACAGGUGUACUGUCCCCGUGGAGGUGGAGGCAAAGCUGCUGGAGUUACCUGUGUAGAGGCGGCACCUGAUCUGGUGCUGGAUGCUCAGCUGGUGCAGGAGUCAGCCUACCUGGAGGACAGGCCACUGCACCUGCUAACCUGUGCCCAUGAGGAGAACUGUCUGUCCUCCUCGGCUGCACGCAUGCGCUGGCCAUAUGGUCACCGCCGUCUGCUCCGUUUUUCCUCCCGCAUCAUGAACCUGGGCAGGGCUGACUUCCGCCCCCGCGCCUCCAGAGAGUCCUGGGUCUGGCACCAGUGCCACAGACAUUACCACAGUAUUGAGGUCUUCACACACUAUGAUCUUCUGACCCUGAAUGGUACCAAGGUCGCCGAGGGUCAUAAGGCCAGCUUCUGUUUGGAGGAUACAUACUGCCCUGACGGCCUGUCAAAACGAUAUGCUUGUUACAACAUGGGGGAGCAAGGCAUUUCAGUGGGCUGCUGGGAUACCUACCGCCACGACAUCGACUGUCAGUGGGUCGACAUCACAGAUGUCCCGCCAGGGGAUUAUGUCUUCCAGGUUGAAGUUAACCCAACCCUGGACAUGGCCGAGUCCGAUUUCCAGAACAACGUGAUGCGAUGCCGGUGCAAGUACGACGGGGCCAGGGUCUUCAUGUACGGUUGUCACGCAGGAGAUGCAUACAGUGCAGAGACAGAAGACCUGUUUGAGCACCAACGUCAGAUCUCUAACAACUUCCUCUAA